CUUUGCCUCGAAUAGGUCCUGUGCGUGGGAGCCACGCAAGGCUGGUGCAAGUCCCAGAGGGCGGCUGGUGUAUGUUUCCACAUGCAUUCGCACUCGCACUCGCCUCGUGCGGAUCGAUCUUGCAAUGUGCUGGCUUGGCUCCUCGCAGCGUCAAUCAGGGCAGGGCUGCCCAUUCCAGAUCGCUGAGCCCGCUCGAUCCGACUUGUCCAGCCCGGCCAGCCCGGCCAGCCCCCAACCAAACCCAGCCAAGUCGGCCGGGCCACCCGAAUAAACUCCAUCGGUACCUUUGUCGCAUCAUAUCGCAUCCCGCUGGCGUCAUGCUCUCCGAGUCCACUCACCAGCAGCUCGUCAGUGUCAUUCUCACGCAUCUAUCCACCCAGCCGCCUCAGACCCUCGACAGCCAUGGCAAAGAGAUCACCCUCAACGAGCUGAUCGACGCCAUUCUACGCGACAACCCCCAGUUCGCCGAUGUCUGUAGGAAGACGCUGCGGGUGCUCGUCAAAAACCUCCGCAAGCAGGAGCGCAAGAAGGCCGAGCUGCAUCACCAGCAGACCCUGGACGAGGCUGCUCGCCAGCGGCAGGAGCACAUCGAGGCCCAGAAACGCGCAAAGGAGAGGCAUCUGGAAGAGAAGCGCAAGGUGUGGGCCGAGCAGGAGCGUCGUGAGAAACAGGCCGAGCUUGCUGCCCGGGUCCAGCGCACCCUCGAGCGGCGAGCGCAGGCCGAGCUGGCCCAGAAGCUCUUUGAGAGCAAGCACCGGGUCAACUAUGCAGAGCUGCCCCCGCUCUACCCCGGCCCUCCAGGCUGGAUCCGCGACGUGACCGAGAUCCCAGAGGGUCUGCGUGGGAUUCCCGACGAUGGCAUCGCUCUGCAAAUCAAGAACUACAUCCGCCAUCGCGAACUCGACCGACGCUUUGCGUAUCUGAUGGACCAAUACGACGGCCUCGGCGGCACCGACGCCAGCCUGAGCUACAGCCAGCACGAGCAGCUCUUCAAAAAGGUCGGCUUUACGCUCAAGCCAGUCUCGGACAAGCUCAAGAGCGGCUUCCAGAUGAACCUCGACUACCUACUCAACCACGUCUCGUACGAUGUCGCCAAGGAUGCACCCCACCAGCUGCGGAGCUGCGAGGAGUGCGGUGAGCCCACCAAGAACGAGUGCCGGUGCGGCGAGGCCUUCUGCUCCAAGCGAUGCCAGCAGACGGGUUGGCGCACCCAUCGAUUCGUCUGCACAGCCAUUAGUGCCUCCAACGAACAUGUCGAUCGGAUCACGGCCGAGUGGUGGAAGGCACAGGGCUGGUCCGAGGAGUUGCCUGCCGAGAGCGAGACCGCACCGGCACCGAGCAACCUACAAUUCGGACGCCUCUUUGACGACGUGCUUGCCCAGCUUCCUGCCAGCGACCCGGAGGAUGGCGAGAACGACAGCGGCGAAGACGAAGACGAAAACGAAGACGAGGCGGAGGAGGAGGAAAGUCCGUCCUCUGACUGAGGACAGCCCUCGCGGGUCGAUGGCCGUACUGCAGACGAGGCCGAAGCAUCGACUGCAGGUGAAUCAUGGAUCUGCUCUGCCACACACGGAACACGGUCUUAUAGCGACAAGUGACAGCGUCCUGAUAGUAUUGAACCAACAGACGGCGGUUCCGCCAAGUGGUGACAAACAAGUGGAGCGACAGUGGCGUUUUGGUAGUUGAAAGUACAUGGUGGCUUGGG